CUAGCUCUGCUCAGCCCAAAUGUAAUCAUUCAUUCAUUCCUUCCAAAACCACCACAACCAUAGCCAUUCAUCCUCUCCCCAUCCUCCAUAGUUGCCUUGCCGCUUGAACGGCUUUGCUAUUGCUUAACAAAGCUUGUUGUUUACUUGUUUUCCCUCUCAUCUCAUUUCAUCAAGUCAUCAUCAAACAGUGUGUAACCAAGAAUGGCGGGUGAGCCGAUUCAGAGGAGAAACGAGGAGCUGGAGAAGGCGCUGAAGGAGAGCAGGGCGAGGGAGGAAUUGAUGAGGAAGGAGCUUGAGCAAGCGUGGCGGCGGAUGCGAGUGGCGGAGGAGGCAGAGGAAAGGCUCUGCUCUCAGCUGGGUGAGUUGGAGGCUGAGGCCGUCAAUCAGGCCCGCGCUUACCACGCUCGCAUUCUCUCUCUCAUGGAUCAGGUCCUUCACCUUCAGCAGCAAGCAGCUACCUAAGCUAAAAUCAUCCAAUUUUGUCGACUCCUUACGAUUGUAUACCUUUGUAACAUAACGAAGAAAAAUUGUUUUCCCAGUUAAGAUCCCCUGUUUUGUGUCCAUCCAUUGACUUUCUGCUUGUUUGUGUUUAUUUGCUUAAAGUAAUCUGACGUGAUAAUUGGAGAUGGGGAGUGUAUGAUCAUAUGAUGGUAGGGUUCAUAAUAAUGACAUAGGUGAAAU